AUGUCACUGGAGGCUAUUGGUGUGACUGAAGAAACUGAGACGGACGGUCCAUUUACUUUAUUUGCUCCAAAUGAUGCAGCUUUUAAGAAAGUACCACAAGAUAUUUUUGAUCGUUUAUCGGACCCAAAAAAUAGGGAGGAACUUGCCUUAGCGAUUGGAUACCAUGCUGUUGCUGGUAAAGCCUUAACUGCAGCUCAAAUACAAGCCAUGAGUUUACCUGCACGAUUGGAGACUAUAACAGGUGAGUUUGUCACAGUGACCAGACAGAAUAAUCAAAUCAAAGUCAAUGAUGCAACAAUUAUUGCAAGUGAUAUUGUGGGUAGCAACGGCAUUAUUCAUGUCAUCGACAAGGUUUUGAUGCCUCCAUCUAAAAGUGACUAA